GCUCAGCUUUGGCUUCGGUUUCAGUUUGUUUUGACCGCGCGACACGUUCAGGUGUUAGCCCUAACCGCUGGGAAGCCUUAAUAAUUAUUUAAAGAAUUUGUCGCGAAAUAAAAAUAUUCAAAUAUUUUUUCUUUGAUUUUGAAAGGUUUUGCCACUUAGCACUCUCUGUCAGAGCCAUUAAUGAAUAAUGAUUGCCAAAUGAUGCCAAACUAAGUGAGAAAGAGCCAAUAUAUAUAUAGCAUAGUACCCUUUGGCAACGUAGUGAAGUAGUGAUACUGCAAAAUAAACAAAAAUUAUAAGCUCACAGGCAAAGAAAACAAACUAAGACAAACAGCAGCACUUGAACAAACUAAAAGGCGCAUCAAGUAUACGCCACGAUGUCCAAUGGCAAGGCCGACACAGCCGGCGCAACAGCUGAGAAAAACGGAUCGCUGAACGAUCGGCCAUUGUUCAUGCAAGGCGUGAAUGGAGGACGUAUUGCUCCCGCCAACGAUGUGGAAGUUAGCAACUUUCGCCGCGCCCUCCCACAGUUCCUUGCUGUUAGUAUUAAGAACAUAUUGCUAUUCGGCUAUGGCAUGACAUUGGGCUUUCCCACGAUCGUGAUCCCUGCCAUUCAGGGCGGCGAGGGACGCAGUGAGACCAGUGGUGAUAUAAUCCUCAACAAGGAUGAGAUCUCCUGGUUCAGUUCUAUUAACUUGAUUUGUGUGCCACUGGGUUGCUUGUUUUCGGGAAUUAUAACCCAACCUUUGGGAAAACGAAGAGCUAUGCAGUUUGUCAACCUGCCCAUUCUGGCUGCCUGGCUGCUGUUUCACUUUGCGACGCGCACGGAACACCUGUAUGCGGCUUUAUGCUUGGCUGGACUCGGCGGUGGUUUGAUGGAGGCGCCGGUGCUCACCUAUGUGGCCGAGAUCACGGAGCCCAAGUAUCGGGGCAUUCUGUCCGCUCUGGGAACUACCUGUGUCAUUACUGGUGUCUUCAUACAGUUCAUUCUGGGAUCUCUGAUGGACUGGCGAAGUGUGGCUGCGGUGAGUUCGGCCUUUCCGGUCAUCACCAUUGUGAUGCUGUGCUUUGUGCCGGAGUCUCCGGUUUGGCUGAUCCGCGAGCAGAGGUUCCGAGAGGCUGUAAAGUCACUGCAAUGGCUGCGUGGCUGGGUUCCGGAGCACAAGAUCGAGGCGGAGUUCAAUCAGCUGUACGACGAACUGAUCACCCAAAAGGCCAUCGAAAUGGCAGCGGAUGGAACACCGCCCCCGGGUCAGCGUCGGACUCUGGCCCAACGAUUUCGAAUGUGGCGGAAGCGUAGUUUCCUGGUGCCCUUUAUGCUGGUAUCCUUUACCUUCUUUACGGGCCACUUCUCCGGAAAGACGCCUCUGCAAACCUACGCUGUACAGAUAUUCCACACCCUCAAGGCACCGAUGAACAAGUACCAUGCCACAAUUCUCCUUGGAGUGGCCGAGAUGCUGGCGACUAUUUUGGGUGUUGUCCUGAUCCAUUUCACCGGCAAGCGACCGUUGGUUCUGGUUUCCACGGUCGGAACAGGCCUAUGCUUCUUCGGUACUGCCACUUACGCCCAUUUUCUUAAUGAAGUUCCUGGAUUCACGGUUAACAACGUGGUGGUCAACGCAUCCUCCAUUGUGCCCAAAGAGUCCAUACUUUCCCAGGCUAAUAUCUCAAAGAUUUUCGAAAACGAACAAAUGGCUAUUAGACAGGAAGCGGAACAGUUUACGACGUUGCUGCCGGACUUGGAAACCACAACUUUCUCCGAAACGGAAUCUUACAAUCGCAGUAAGCGGCAAGCCGAUGAUAUGGAUACUACGGAUGCUCCAGUGGAUACCACAAUGUAUCCCGCGCCAGUCAGCAGUCCUGAACCGCCUCCCAGUUCUUCCGCUACUCCAACGACUACCACGACAGCAAAACCACCCAUAGUGGAGGAACUUCUGCUGGUGGUGCCUAAGCAGGAGCACAACUAUCUGGUUUGGCUGCCACUCAUUCUACUGCUGCUAUCUGCCUUCUUCUCCCACCUGGGCAUCCGCAUGAUACCCUGGAUUCUCAUCGGCGAGGUCUUCCCUGCAGAGAUACGUAACAGUGCCUCAGGAUUUGCAGGCGGGGUGGGAUAUAUAUUCGGUUUUUUGGCUAACAAGCUCUUCCUGGUAAUGCUCAGCGCACUUACUUUGCCAGGAACCUUCGCCUUCUACGCUAGCGUGGCCUUUGUGGGAACCAUUGUGCUUUAUUUCACACUUCCGGAGACGGAAGGGCGUACUCUAGGGGAAAUUGAGGCGCACUUUUCUAAGAAAUCGGACAUGAAUCUGCUUCGCAAGCAACCCAGCGCAAAGUUGCCCAUAAAGGAGGAAACUCCAUAUCCGGCAAAUACCAUUAACGUUGAAAGCAUGCAGAGUUUCCACGUGCCUAUCACCUCGCAACAGCAGGCCAAGAUCAUUCAUCUGCAGCAGAGCGACUUCGCUCCCAGGCCACAGAACGGGCGAACGCCCAACGCGGGGAUGACCAAUCCGGCAUUUGAGGAGAGCAACACCACGCAUCUGUGAGGGCCAAUCGUGACUAGUUUGAUAGUGUCAUUACCUAAAUACAUCCUUUAAAAGUGCUUAACAUUUCAGUGAUAUUUCUGAGAAAUAAACAUAGUUUUAUACAUGUGUAA